GACAUUCUCACAGUACAGAAGUUUUUUCUAUUAAGCGCAUAUCCCGUUCCCCGCGCCAUUUAUAAUGAAUUUAUAACUCGAGCGAUAAUUUAACUGUCAAUUGAUAGAAUUUUUAUCAGUAUGCAACGGGCACCGACGUUACCCUUCCUCCCAGGAUUUUGCAUCGACAAAAACCUCGGUAGAACAAGAUUUCACAAAAGCCAACACUUCGACAUACACGAUGGAGUUUAUUAUUUGUCCGAGAAAGCGGAUACGAAAAUAAACGGCCUUUACUCGUCCAUCUAUCCCCGGGGGGAGGAGCCAGAAGUUCCGUCGUGGCUUGCAUACGAUGGCCAAAGACUCAUGUUCAAAGCGUUUUUCCAAGAGACCGUGCAAGAGAGGUGGAAAACGGCCUUCCACAUACGCGUGGUGAAAAUUAGCUUUUUCCUAGAGGAUGGAACAAUGAAGAUCGUAGAGCCGUCCGUGGACAAUAGUGGUCUUGAGCAAGGUGUUUUAGUCAGACGCCAGAGGAUACCGAUUCCCGAUCCAGUGAAGUACAGAUAUUACGACAUACUCGACUUAAAUGUCGGCAGGGAACCCGAGAUAUACGGGCGAGUGUAUAAAAUCGUGGAUUGCGACAGAUUCACGAGGCAAUUCCUUAACCGCAUGGGAAUACCAGUGCCCGAUCCGAUUGACAUUCCGAAGGAUCCGCAUCAUGAAAUUCGAAAGGACGAAGCAUUUCCAAAAAAGCCUAAUCGCAUAGUGGAUUCUCUCGGGAGCUUUUUAAAGUACGACAGAAAGGUGCUCCGAUUUUACGGAUACUGGGACGAUACCGAGAGCCCCCACGGUAUCGUCCACGAUCUCGAAUUGCAUUAUUAUCUCUCUGACAAUACGAUGGAGAUCAAGGAGAAUAUACCGCCGAACGCUGGUCGAGAUUCCGGUCCAAUGCUCGUUAAGAGGAUGAAGAUACCAAAGUUUUACAGCGGCUUGCAACCAAUCGGCGCGGACGAUCGUUUCACGGUUCUGAACGUACUGGGCGAGAGUGUAAGGCAAGGUUACUACAUGGUGGAUUCUCUGGACACCGGCAAGAUUUCCACCGAUUACUACAGAGACAAUGAGUUGGGCAUCGGCGCGGAGAUUAACGCUUUCGGGAGAAGAAUUGUCAUCACGGACAUGGAUGCUUUCACUAAGGAAUACUAUCGAACGAAGUACGGCUUGAGUGAUUUCGCGCCUCUGACGAGGCCUCGAAAAGGCGACGAAGUGUAUCAGACGAUCGAGAGGUACAUACCGCCCUACAAUGGUUUCGGAUCUUACGAGGACUCCCUCGGAAACUGUUUUACAGUGAUGCCGAAACCGCCCAAGGCGGACUUCGUCAAGUUCCUGUAUCACGACAGGCAGGGCUUUAAUAGCCACGUCUUGAGAUUCCGGGCGAAAAUGAUAUCGAAAUUACCAGAAUACGAAGAGAGGCUAUUCAUUAUAAGAGUAUACCUCAUGGACGAUACGAUAUCUGUUUUCGAACUGGCGAAACGAAACUCAGGCUUUCAGAAAUCCCUAUUCCAAAAACGGAUGCCGAUAAUGUUGCCCGGUCAGGAUAUUUUUACAAGCAAGAAACCGGAAUACUACAAAUCACACGAUUUUUACAUAGGAGCACGCUUGAGCCUGUACGACUUUCAUUUUGAAAUUACGUCCGCGGAUGUUUAUGCCCUGCGUUACAUGGAAUUACACUGCGACAAGUUUCCCAAAGCGAACAAGAAAUUGAUAAUGGAGAAACUUCGAGAGAGUUUACAGCCAGUUUACAAAGAGUUCGUUCAACUGUACGCCCCGGCUAAAGGCGCGGCGGAGGGCGGCAUUCGAAUCUUGGAAUACGAAAGGCUCAAGGAGGCAUUACGCCGCUAUAUGGGGGACAGGAUAACGGAACACGAAAUGAUCACGAUUGCCCGAUAUUAUUCGUCUUGCGAGAAGAUAGAACACCGAUCGAGAGAGUAUGUGAGAUGUUUGUUUCACACGGAACUAAAUCGAUUUCUGUGGAACGAUCUCGAUCGCUUGGAGGAGGAUCUACGUCACUGGGACGAAGACAAAACGGGAUUCCUACCGCGAGAAUCCGUGUACACGAUCCUGCGCGGUUGCAGGAUUCCCGUCGACGUGGAAUUGUUGAAUUCCAUGCUGGAUCACUUGCGCAAGGCCGAAGACGGUAGAAUCGACUACGAGGACCUGCUGCGUUUCAUGAACGUGAAAAUCGAUCCUAUGCCGCCCACCGAACCCGUAAACGUGAAAAUGGAGCUUUGGUGGGCAUCCGAGAGAGAGCCGGACUGCGGGGGGAUAAAUUGGUGCGAAUUCAUCAAAGAUCUAGACAUAAGGGCGGAAGAGAACGCGGCGGAGAAUAACGGCAGCACGGAACUCGCGUUAGCAGACUGAACGUGCUCGCGAUCGGGAUUGUCGCACAAAAACAUUUUCCAAUUAUACGAUAACGAUAAUAAUAUAACUUGUAUAACAAAUCGCUUUUCUAACGAAUAUAUAUGACGCAUUUCUAUAUGUA